AUGUUGGAGGGCAUUAGGGGAUAUAUGAUGGACAGAGUCUUGAUCAAGUACAGGAUGUUGGGCAAGAACGCGGAUGUAUUGUGUCCGAGAAUCAGGAAACUUGUGGAGAAGGAGUUUGCUAAGUGUGAAGUCAAAAUGGGAGCUGAUGGGUACAUUGUAGAUCUUCUAGGAUACACUUGCACUUGUGGUUAUAGGGAGCUAAGUGGUUUUCCUUGCUGCCAUGCCAUUUCUGCCAUCACACAAUGCAAGAUUAAUAAAAGAGCCAGAGGAAAACGAGUUGCACCACAAGAUGAUGGCAACGCUCAAGGGCCAAAGAGAGGAUCUCAUUGUUCAAAAUGUGGCUCGCCUACCCACAAUGCGAGGACUUGUCCUCUGAAUAGAGCAAAUGGGAUACAUGAUGUGAGACUGAAUGUUGCUGAUAGAAGGACAAUAGAAAGGGAGUUGUGUGUUGCAACGGCUGGGGUGGGAGUUUACGUGAAUGAGAGAACUGGCAACCAAGCUGUCGAAGAAAAUGUGGUGGAGCUGCGAGGAAGUCAGCCCCCACCAUCUCAGCCUUAG